ACCCGCUCAGGUCGGGUUUCUGCGCUUUUCAAAAGAGGAUUAGUAUAGCAAAAAAGCGUCUCUCCUCCCCGUGAUUUCUAUGCCUGGGAUAUCGUUGCAUAUCGCCGCUACGGAGCCAAACGGGACAGUGCCAUGAGGACUCUUCCUAAAAGCAGAACCAGUGAGGUUUACAGCGUCUCUGGAUAUGGACAUUGUUCUGCUGGCGGUUCACCUGCACAGGGGGUCAUUACAGAGGCCCGUGACUCAGUUAGCCCCCCAACGGAGUCCAAGGCUCCGAGCGAUCGACGGGACUGGGUUGACGAGUGCUGUCGACGUCCUGUCUGUGGGGGGUGGAGGAGGUGGGCUCUAGGCCUCCUGCCCAUUACUGGAGCCAUUGCUCUGGGUCUCCAUUUCUUCACAUCUCCGCCCCCCUCAGUGUUCUACCUCGGCGGCAGUGUGGAGUUCACCAACACGAGCUUCACGUUGGACCUGGCCGACCCCGCCUCACCUCAGUUCCGCCUCAAGGCUCAGGCUGCGAGCCGCUACUUGUCAGAGCUGUACGAGUCCUCACCCUGGAGCUCCUACCACCUCCGCUCAGGAAUUACCGCCUUCAGUGAAGGAGUAGACGGACUGAACGCAUUCUACUGGAGUAAGUUCUCAGCCCCAGAGGGCGUUGCCAUGGAUAUCCAGCGGUGGAAUCCGGAACGCGUGCAGCGGCGUCUCCCUGGCAACAACAAGCUGCUGUACAGCCGCAACGAGGAGCGCUAUUACAUGGAGAGGGAUGAAGAAGUGCUCAGCCUCCUGGGUUUGGACUCCGAUGAAGACUUUGAGGAAGAUGACAAGGCAGAUAAAAUUAAGAACCCAAACACUCUUCAGGGUGGCAAGUGGCAACUGGGAUUUCAAGCAAUGUCCUUUGACCUCUAUGCAAAGUAUGGAAACAAUCGUUCCCUGAGCCUGGUUAACCCCAAGAAGCCCUACUACCAGUGGCGCCUGCGAGUCCCGUCGGGUCACGUGGUACGCCUGGUCGUCCUCACCCUGGACGGAGCCGCGCCCGGAAGUUGCUCUGCCCACAAACUCUCUGCCUACGAUUUCCUGCUUCCUCUACAAAACAAGAUCAUCGCCAGGUGGUGUGGGUUGCCUGUGUCUGGCUCGUCACCUGUGAUGAAGCUGACAUCGUCCGGUAACGUGAUGCUGGUGACAUUCUCCUUCAGCAGACAGAGAGAUGGAGCCGUCUUUAAGGCCUACUUCCAAGCUGUCCCCAAAGCAGGUUGUGGAGGAUCUCUAUCCUCCUGGAAUGGCUCGUUGUCUUCUCCCCACCACCCUGCCAACUACCCACCAAACAUGGACUGUAGCUGGACCAUACGGGCGCCGUUGCCUGGAUACCUGAUCUCCAUGACGAUUGUGACAUUGGACAUCCAGGACUCCUCGUUGUCGGACGGCUGUGAGAAAGACUGGCUGGAUAUUGGAGGGGUCAAGCUAUGUAACCCCAUGGCUGACAACGUUAGACAGAGGAUCUACUCCUCUCCUGUAUCCCUGCACUUCCACUCUGAUGAGUCUCUCACUCACAAGGGCUUCUACCUGCUGUACAGGGCCUUCUCACCAGAGAGCACGUGUCCCCGUCAGUUCCGCUGUGGGGAUGGGAGGUGUGUUCCUCUCAGGAAGGUGUGUGAUGGGGUCAAAGACUGUCCGGGUGGACGAGACGAGGCUAAAUGCUCGACGUGUCGUCCUGGUGAGGUGUAUUGUGGGAACGGCUUGUGCAAGCCUCACAGAAGCCAGUGUAACAGCCAGAGUAAGUGUGGAGACAGCAGUGAAGAGGGAGACUGUGCAGGUAAAUGCUACCACACGUGUCCCAACAAGGUGUGUGUGUCCAAGUCCUCGGUGUGUGAUGGUAUCAUUGACUGCAAGGACCGCAGCGAUGAGGUCAACUGCACUAGAACAUUCCACAAGGGGUGCUCUUCGUCCUCUUUUAAAUGUGCCAGUGGGAAGUGUGUGAAUAAGAUCAACCCAGAGUGUGAUGGGAUCAAAGACUGUUCCGAUGGAUCAGAUGAGACACGCUGCAGUUGUGGCACGCGGCCCAGGAAGCGUGCUAAGAUAGUGGGUGGGUCUGAUGCGGGGACGGGGGCGUGGCCAUGGCAGGUCAGCCUGCAGAUGGAGCGCUACGGUCAUGUGUGCGGAGCGGCCCUGGUGGCCAGUCGCUGGCUCCUGUCUGCUGCUCACUGCUUCCAGGACUCUGACGCCAUCAAGUACUCUGAUGUGCGGGUGUGGCGUGCCUACAUGGGCAUGCGUGUGAUGAACACGGCCCUCAACGCCGCCGCCACCAGAACGAUCCGCCGGAUCGUCUUCCACUCCCAGUACGACCAGUUCACCUCGGACUACGACAUCGCCCUGCUGGAGCUGAGCAGCCCCGUCUACUUCAGCGACUUGGUACAGCCCGUCUGCGUCCCCGCCCCUUCCCACGCUUUCACCACGGGAACAAGCUGCUACGUCACAGGCUGGGGCGUCCUGAUGGAGGAUGGGGAGCUGGCAUCUCUGCUGCAGGAGGCCACUGUGAAGAUCAUCAACCGGAACAGCUGUAAUAAGCUCUAUGACGACGCGGUCACUCCCAGGAUGCUCUGCGCCGGCAACCUGCAGGGAGGCGUGGAUGCCUGUCAGGGUGACUCCGGGGGUCCUCUGGUAUGUCUGGAGAGGGGCCGGCGGUGGUUCCUGGCCGGGAUUGUGAGCUGGGGCGAGGGGUGUGCUCGGCAGAACCGCCCUGGGGUCUACACGCUGGUCACAAAGUUCACUGACUGGAUCCACCAGCAAACUAAAGGACAGGUCUGACACGGACUCACAGACCUCUGGGUGACAUCACCAUGGACACACUCACUGACUGGCGCCCUGUGAUUCUACUGGGGGAGGGGCAAUGGGGCGCCGCUAAACAGCUCCUGCUUUAUGACUCCGCUGGCCCCUUGUCGACUGUUCCCAAUCAUACCCCACCCCCCUUUUCCUUGUUUAAGGCCGAGCAUCUCCCUUUGUCUCUUCGCCCUUUCCAUGGUACCCAGACACAUCCUCUCUCCUCCCGGAGGCGCGUCCGCUUGUGCACGUCGAGGCCGUCCGUGCCGAUCUCGACGUGCGAGGUCUACUUCCUGUCCACACAGCGCACGCGGCUGUUGAAGUGGACGUUGUCUCUGUAGGGGUGUGUCCGGUAGCGUGUGUGUCCUGGUGUAACUGAGCAUGGGAGGGUUUAUGUCAGAGCAGGUUCAUUAUGUCAUAGGAAAUACUCAUUUUUAGAAUCUAUUUUAUUUUGGGUUUUAAAAAAAAAAAAAGAAGAAAAAAAAACAAACUUUCCCUAUCAUCAGAAUAUUAUCUGUUUUGGAUAUACUCUCAUAUCUCAUUUUAAUAUUAUGAUAUCCUUCGAUGAGACCAACAACUGAGACUAGUUGCCUUGGGGACCCUGUGCUGGUCUGGGGUGUGACGGGUUAAGAGACACUUUUGAUUUACAGAUUUUCUCAGAGGUCAAGUGUCCUAGAGACCAGUGCCACCCAUUGGUAACUAAAUGACAUUGCACCUCAGUCGCCCUGUCCCAUUUCAAGGGUUUAUACGUUCUACUGCUUUUUAAAAUGUAAAUGUCAGAAAACAAAUUGUUUUUACUCAUUUGUAUUUAGAUGAUUGAAGGAGUUAAAUCCAUA